ACUGGCCGCAAAAAUAUUUCUAUUGUGUUAUUAUAGUAUUAUCCGUAAUUCCUCCCCAACUGUUACAGUAAGUUGUAGUUCCCUACUCACUACAAAUACUAUAAUUAACCAUCUGGUACUCAGUGGUAUAGUGUGUGGUCUCAAGACGUACUUCCAACAAGCGGGUGCAACACGAUUGUCGGGGGCCCGUUAUCACAAUAAUAUAUUAUUCAAUUUAUACAAGUUUUUUAUUUACUUAUCCGUCGUGUAAUUCAUGUGUUCUCUUGUCUCUUAUCACAACGUCGUAUACUCGUAUCUGACCGGCCAGAGUGUCUUACCCAGUUAACUUUCGUGACAUACCGGUAGUCACAGAAUCCUGUAUUCCUGUUCAGUUUUAAGUUCCAGUUUUCCGCUAUCCACUGACAGAUGACUACUAGCCAGUAACUGCUACUCGAUCCCGUGUUUACAUCGUGUUAUUCUACUGACUUCCGGUUAUUAUUUUUUACCCAAUAUUGCAGCCGAAAAUGAACAAAAACGUCGCUUCGGCGGUCCAUAAGAACGCCAACGGCGCCAACAAUUGGAUAAAUUUUAUGAAUGCUUUACCGCCGUCCGCCAGUUAUUUAAACAAUGCAGUCGUACAGAAGCAGGAAAAAAAAGAAAUUGAAGUUGUAGCCAUUGACUGCGAGAUGGUUGGCAUACACCCUGACGGACAGGGAAAUAUGUUAGCUCGUGUUUCUAUUGUUAACUCUAAGGGCGAAACUAUUUAUGAUAAGUUUGUCAAGCCCACUGAAAAAGUGACAGAUUAUCGUACGCCAGUAAGUGGCAUUCGACCUGAAGACAUUGAACACGGAGAAUUAUUUGUCAAAGUAAAAAAAGAAGUCACACAAAUACUUAAAAACAAAUUAUUGGUAGGCCAUGCAUUGGAGCAUGACUUAAGGGUAUUAAGAAUUUCACAUCCCAAACAUAUGAUUAGAGACACCACAACGUAUUGGCAAUUUAAGCAAUUAACAGAAGGUCGAACACCUGGUCUAAAACGAUUGACGUUACAUUUUCUUGGAGCUAGCAUACAAGAAGGAGAACACAGUUCUGUUCAAGAUGCUAAAGCAGCACUACAGUUGUACAUGUUAGCUCGGAAAGAUUGGGAAUUAUUAUUAAAAAAGAGAAGAAGCCGUCCCAGAAAUGGAAAUAAACCACAUAAUGGAUCACAGGGAAAGCGUAAAUAGUAUAUUUUUCUAUUUAUACUAAUUAAAGUUUUAUUUUGAAUAAUGAUAAGACUGCUUUUAUGAUUAUUGUACUUGUAAAAACAUUUAAAAUGUUGUUUAAUACAUUUUGUUGGUUAAGU